AUGAGGGUUCUUGAUAAGGUAGGGGGUGGUAGGAGAGGAGUUAGUGGUGAAGCCGAAAACCUUCGGGAUAGUAGAAAUAGAGGUCGUUUUGGUAAUAGAGGUAGUAAGGAUGUUCAAAAAGCCUUCAACAUGAUGGAAAAAAGGGCCACUAGUGAAGGCGAAAGCCUUCAAAAUAGUGAAAAUAGAGUCGGUAUUAAUAGAAAAGGUAGUAGAGGUGGUAGAAGAGGAGUUAGUGGCAAUAAAAGUAGUAGUGUUAUUAGUGGUAGUUCAAGCAGUUUUCAAUAUAAUAGAAAAGAAGUCGUUGGUAAGGUAGAAGUCUUCAAGAUGGUGGAAAUAGGGAUGGUAUUAGUAGAAAAGGUAAUUGGGGUGGUAGAAAAGAAGGCUGGUGUUAAGAGAGGUGGCAGUGAUGUUCGUCGGUAG